UGAGCAAUUUUAAAAUGUCAAGACUAACUCGUCAGUAUAAUACUGGAGCUAAUUGCGAAUUUAUGUUCUAUUCCGAGUGUUUAAAAUAAUAGUAGAUAUGUACCUACAUGAUAAUUUGUAGUGAACGUCGCUUCGUGUGAAUUUAUAGGCUAUUCAACAGUGUUGAGAAAUUGAACACCAUCGAUUAAAACAUUGCCAUCAUAGAGAGUAUCAAAUUGUUCAAUUAAAAAAAGGCAGAAAAACACCAAGCCAAGAUGUCACCUGAAGAACCAUUUUGUGGACAAACAUUACUGACGAUUGGAACAUACUACAAGAGGAAUAUCAGCGGUUACAUUGAUUUGCCAACAUGCAUAAUUGGUUUGAUUUUCAAUAUACUCAACUUGGUGAUAUUCACAAGGAAAAGCAUGCGCUCACAGAUCAACCUGGUAUUUGCAAACCUAUCCUUGGUAGAUUUGCUCACAUUAUUAACACUGAUUCCAAUUUCAUGGCAACACAUUACCGAACGCAAUGUCAACGUUGAUGGAGAAAGUAGUUACGGACAAGCACUAUUUUUCAUCGCCUGCCACGAUUUUAUGGCCACUUUUCACUUCAUAUCAGCAUUCCUCACGGUGAUGUUGGCCAUAUGGAGAUACAUAGCUGUGGUGCAUCCCUUCACAGGAUGGCCUCGAUGCAAUAUGAAAACUACACGAAAUGUGGUUGCUGCUGUUUACAUAACGGGUAUCUUGCUCAAUAUGCCGAUGUAUUUGUCCCGUGAUAUUUUCAUCAACAGAGAUAACAAUACAAUUACUUACGUACCUAGUUUCAAAAGAGAUUCUAUUCUCUUCACAACCGGAUUCGCCAUCAGAGGAGUGCUGCAGUACUUGCUGCCAUCGGUUUUGCUGCCGAUAUUCAGUUUCAAACUGGUUGUGGUCCUAAUGACGAGAAAAGAAUCUCAAGAACAAUCAACUCCAUCUUCAAAUGUACAGAAUUACGCAAGAAAGCUCAACUUGAAACAACAAAGCGAUCGAUCAAUCAUCAUAUUGUUGAUAGUAAUAGUACUAUUUUUUAUUACAAAGGUUCCAUCUGGAAUACUCUACUUGAUGUCCAUAAUUUAUGAUAGAACCAUUCAUAAUCGUAAAUGUUUUUUUGGUCUGAGAGCAAUAUUUAGUACAUUGACGGUGAUUAAUAUGUCAGUCACAUUUGUGUUAUAUUACACCAUGAGUCAAAAUUUUAGAAUCACUUUCAGAUCCCUGUUCAAAAAGGAUGAUAGUUCAUCUCUUAAUGAAGAUAUGUAAUGCGAAAAAUUUUAGAUAAAACUGAAGCAUUGGCGUAUUUUCCCGCAUUUAUACCAUUAUGUACGAUAAACAUAGCUCAA